AUGAAUGAAGUACACAAACUACAAGUACUAGAGCUGCUAGUUAAAAUUAUUGUGCUUUUGAAUGUUAUCCUCAUCAGCUGUACUGAAAGCAUUAAAUUUGAUAUUGAUGAGGGUGUUUUGAGUAGGGGUCGUCGGCAACUGUUAUACCCAAAUUCUUCAUUACUUCAGGUCAACGCUGGGGUGGGUACUCCGACGCCGGUAAAGACCAUCAACGUAAAUUGGGCGUUUCAAGCAAACUUCCAACUGCCUUGGAACCGCAGUCAGAUACCUAUCGACAUUUUGGAAGCCAACAACGCUUAUGUGACCAGUUCUAGGGGGAAACGCGACGCUGAUGCUUACAAGAGCGACGCUAAAUUGUACCAUUUCUAUAAGUAUGUCGAAGAUGUCUUGAAUGGUUUCAGUUACAACGGAACAACUUGCGUGAUGAAAACAUUGUGUCAACUGGGCGCCGAACCUUUGCACUCGGUCCACGAAGACGAUCUUCUCCACGAACUUGCUACAUUUGUCUUGAAUCCUGAAAAUGAUAUAACACAAGGUGAAGUAACAGAUGCUGUUCCCUACGUACAAGCUUACAACGAAGGAAAGCGUCAAGAAGGCUGUGCAGAGUACAGCUGUCCGAUUUCUUUGAUAGACAUGUUUAGCGAGAGACAUGAUGACGAGAGAGAUAAAGGAGAAUCUUAA